GAUCAAAUGGUUAUGGCGGAAGGAGGAAGCGGCAAGUAGCUCUUUAGAACCGACCGAGUCCACAUCUGGCUCUGCAUCCAGUCCGUGAUAUUUUAGAGCUUUAUAUCCAUAUAUGUACCUACAAAAUGUCUGUGCUUUGUUAUAAUAAGGGAUGUGGGCAACGUUUUGACCCUGAAAACAAUCACGGCGAUGUAUGCACUUAUCACCCAGGUGUGCCAGUGUUCCACGAUGCACUGAAGGGUUGGUCGUGCUGUAAGAGACGCACAACUGACUUUUCAGAUUUCCUCAGUAUUGCUGGAUGUACAAAAGGACCCCAUAACCAGGAGAAACCCCCCGAACCCAUCAAACCUGAGGUCAGGACUUCAGGAGAAAAGAAGGAUGUUGAUGACCUUAAACCAAAGUUUAAUGAGUCUAUCAUCCAGGCACCAAAACCUGUUGAAGCAAUUCAGCGACCAAGUCAAGAUGAACCAAUGUCAAGAUUACCACAGAAAGUCUCUGCUUCACUUAAGCAAGCUUUAGAAAAGCUCAAGUUGUCAGAUAAUGCGCCAGAGAAAAAGGAGGAAGAUGAUGAUGAAAUUAAGAUUGGUACAUCUUGUAAAAAUGGAGGAUGCACUAAGACCUUUAGUGGAGCAGAGAGCAAUGAGGAAGAUUGCAUGUAUCAUGCUGGAGUCCCAAUCUUCCAUGAGGGGAUGAAAUACUGGAGCUGCUGCAAGAGGAAAACGUCUGACUUCAACACUUUUCUGUCUCAGGAGGGCUGCACCAAAGGAAAACAUCUAUGGCGGAAAAAAGACAUGGGUAAGAAGGUCGUGCCAUGCAGGUUUGAUUGGCACCAAACAGGAAGCCAGGUCACCAUAACAGUCUAUGCCAAAAACUCCCUCCCUGAGCUCAGCUACGUGGAUGCGAAUAGUACCCAGUUGGAUAUCCACAUUACAUUUGAUGGAGAUAAGGAAUUUGAACAGAAGAUAAUUUUAUGGGGUGUCAUCGACACAAGUAAAAGCACACUGAACAUGAUGGCUGCCAAGAUUGAGAUUGUUUUGAAGAAAGCUGAGCCGAUGUCUUGGGCACGACUGGACCUUCCACCUGUAGUCAGCCCACCUAAAGAAGAGGAGAAGAAAAGAGAGCGUGAUAGCGAUAGUGAUAGUAGUGAUGAUGAUGAUGAUGAUGAUGAUGAUUAGAUGAACAUACAUUACUAUAAGAUAUUUCUGACCUUUUCCUAUAAAAAUAUUGAACAAAGAAUGAAGCUUCACGAUGCAUGAAAGACAUUCUAUAAAGACCAGUAUUUCCAGUGUUCACAAUUCAUUGCACGUGGCAAUGUAAAAUGCGGUUGUGCGUUCCUCUAAAUUAGUUUCAGAUUUACUAUUCUAAAUGUAUUAAGCUAUGAAUGCUUAGGAGAUGUCAUUUGCCACACUAGGCUGCUUGAAGCACAACAGCCAGGGUCAUCUAGUUUAAUGUUGCAAUGAAGUCCAUUACUAUUAUCAUGUAAAAUAUCAAAUUGACACUAUAUUACAAUGGAAAGAGCCAUGGUUUUAGCACCCCACUGUAAAUCUUUUUUUUUCUUUUUUCCUAUUGUUUAUCCUUUCAUGUCUUUUAAACAUCACACCUUUAACUUGAACAUUAUGGUUAUUAAACUAUGGACCAAUCCUAACA